AUGAACGCAACAAGCAGCUCGGGGGGUUUUCUGGGUUCCGCAAAUGUCGCCACCUUCGCGUAUGGUGUCGGAGCUAUGCUAGGAAUUCUCCUCCUGAUCACCGCCGUCAUCUUUGUCUCAUACUAUUACCACUGCAGCAGGAGGACUCACGCGCAAUCACAUGCACUACCGCAAAGGAACGUCCUGCCGCCACCCGACGACCCGGAGUUUUAUGUUGUUGAUGUGGGGCUUGAUGAGGCCACCCUUCAUAGCUACCCAAUGCUAUUCUACUCCGAGGUCAGGGUCAAAAAUAAGGACGCCACCACCACCACGGCCACCUGCUGCUCCAUUUGCUUGGCAGAUUACAGGGGCAGUGAUAUGCUCCGCCUGUUGCCGGAUUGUGGCCACCUCUUUCACCUCAAGUGUGUUGAUCCGUGGCUGCGGCGGAACCCUACCUGUCCAGUCUGUAGAACUUCUCCAAUCCCGACACCCCUCUCCACUCCUCUGGUUGAAGUGGUUCCUUUGGCAAGCCAAAGGGUUCAAUGA